UUCUUCUUCCUUUGUACAGAGCCGCUGACAGAGAAGAGCGAGCGGAGGAGCCCCGAGAUGUGGGACGAAGCAGGAGGUUCCGUGACUUUGCUGUGCCUCACGGCCAGCAGCGGAGUGCCUUUGUAUUGCAGGAGCCGAGGUGGCUCUUCCAAGCAGCAGCUGCCAUUCUCUGUGAUUGGCUCCCUGAAUGGGGUUCAUAUGUUUGGCUCCAACCUGGAUGUCCUACUGACAGCUGCCUGUACAGAGAAUACUCGAGUGGUGUGGAGAGUGUUUCAUAACAGCAUCACCCUCAUUGUCCUGUCCUCAGAUGAAGGUGCCAGUGACUUCAGCCUUGGAAGACUCCUUGAAAAUGUCUUCAGUGCCAUGGUGCUGGUGUUGGGCUUGGAGGAGCUGGUGAAUGCACGCAACAUUGAACGUCUCAAAAAAGACCUGAAGGCAUGUUACAAAUUGAUUGACAGUUUCCUGGAGCCCGGCAAAUGCAGCGCUGACCUGACCCAGUGUGUGGAAUGCACAAUGGUGCCCUCCAGGGCAAUACUGCAGGAGUGCCUGGAAGUCUUUGCCUCUGCAGCAGAGUCGCGGUUUGGCAGCCUGCUUGUUGGCGGUCAGGUGCUGUGUGCAACAGAGCAGUGGUGGCAGCUGGCAGCCUCGGAGGCCAUGCUGCUGGUGUGGCUGGUGCGCUCGCUCCCCCCUCACACCUCCCGCGAUCUGCCCGUUUACCUUCCUCAUGGCAGCCCCAUGGUCCCCCACCGCUUCUUGACCCUCCAGCUCGUGCCUGGUUUGGAAGUGCUGCUGCUGUGUGGGCCUAAGCCCUCCUUACAGUUCUUGGCUGAUGAGUUAGUGAAGCGAUUUUGGCAGCCGCUGCUGGAUCUUCUGAAGGCAAGUGCCAGAGGCCCUCCUCGGUGCCUGCCUCCUGGCAUCUCUCUUGCCCCUGGGAUCCUGGGGCUGUUGCUGAUCAACCAAGAUCAGAGGAAAAGCCUUUUCACUGUGCAGCCUCCGGGCACUUCAGCUGAAGGAUCUGAGAUGCCCCUGAAAAAUCGCCUCUCCGCCCUCCGCUCCUUCUAUUCCCUCACCGUCUCCUUGUACUUCCCUUGUGAGAAGUUCGAAGAGAGUGCAGUCCCUCUGCAGGAGGAGUUCCAGGCUGGUUUCUCCCACUGUCCUCAGCACUGUUACCUGGUCUACGCUACGUACAAGGCCUAUGCCAUCCAUGGGAAGCAGCACCAGCUGUUCCUGAUUGUGAAGCCAGAUGUGCCUACCUUUGCUCUGCGGUCUCUGGCAACCAGCACCCUCCAGACCCUCACAGCUGAGGACUCUGCCUUCUGAGGGGAUGUUCCCUACUGGACUCCCAAGAUGAAAUGUGGGCACUGAGACAGAGCCUUUGGAGCUCCCAUGCAAGCUGUGAUUACCCUGCAUUGGACCAACCUGGAUUUGUGUGUGGGGAAAGCAGGAGAGAUUCUACAGACAAGAGCUAAUCCACUCACUCCCUGCUCUUUGUGGAAGUGAGAGGCCGCUGGGCUAGCAAUGGCGAUGAGUACCAGUUUAGGUCUUGCAUAUCUUUUCCUCACUCUUGGGAGGAAAAAA